CAUAAAUUAUGAAUAAUUUAUUAUUGUUGAUGUAACUGGAAGCAUGAAGACAUAUAUAGUAGUUCAGAUUUUGCUCAUCAUUUGUUUGGUCUGUGUUUCUGGUCAACAAGUGAGACGGAGGCGCCGAUGUUUUCAACCUAAAGAAAUUGGAGUAUGUCGUGCGAGUAAAAUACGAUAUUAUUUCAACCAGGAAACCGGAAGUUGUGAAGAAUUUAUCUAUGGUGGUUGCCGUGGAAACAGAAAUAAUUUCUUUUCAUUAGAACGUUGCAGAAGAGCAUGUGAACAGGAAUACAACCAAGAAAUUCUCAACAGAGGAAAUGGUUUGGAUGGUCAAGAUGGACAAGACGGACAGGACGGACAGGACGGGUUGUCCUUCAGCGGUUUAGGUGGAAGAGGUGGCAGACGAGGCAUGGGAGGAAUAGGUGGAAGACGAGGCAAGGGAGGUAGAGGUGGUUCUUCAGGAAGAACAAGGAAUAUCGAAAGAGGUGGUGUGGAGAGUGUCACUUGUCAGGAUAACCAAGAUAGUUCAGACAACGUACCUCUUAAUGUUGGCCGUGAGGAUAAUGGAGGACAUGGCGGUAAUGGUGGCGGUGGUGGUAAUGGAGGCCAUGGGGGUAAUGGUGGCAGUGGUGGUAAUGGUGGCAAUGGAGGACAAGGCGGCAAUGGUGGUGGUCGGGGUGGAAGUGGGGGUAAUUGUGGCCAUGGGGGUAAUGGUGGCGGUAGUGGUAAUGGCGGUAAUGGAGGACAAGGCGGUAAUGGUGGAGAUGGGGGUAAUGCUGGCGGUAAUGGAGACCAUGGUGGUAUUGAAGGGCAAGGCGAUGAGUGGCGGUGGCAUUGGCGUUUGGGGUAAUGAAUGACAUGGCGGUAAUAGUGGUAUUUGGGAUGAUUUUGCCCGAAAGAUCUGGUUCUGAUUACUGAUAAAGCAGUUAUGGUGGAUUCAUUGUAAUUGACAAAUAAACUCUGAAACAUUUAAAUACUUUGAACGUUGUUCAUUUUGAGAAAAAUAAUAGCAUUUAUAGCUUCAUGGUUUUUUCUUUAUUUGCAUGAAAACGUGCGACCCUCUGUCAUAUAUACAUCAUGUUAUAUACAUCCACUAAGAGUUCUGAAGAAUAUGUCAGUUGGUCCAACUUUAAUACAGAUCGUAUAAUGAAUUCUUAAAAACAUUAAUAAGAAUAUUUUUUAGUAAAAAAAUAAAGGUUUCCGUUUCCUU